AUGUUAAAUUCACAGCAGAUAUCAUUGCCAAUAUUUGUGGGAAUAUCAUUAUUGACCACAACAUCGUUAUUAUAUUAUUUAUAUGUAAAAAAUCAGAAAAAAUUUGUUAAUGUCUGCAAAAUAAACAAAUUGUUUAUAUAUCCGAUUAAAGCAGCAAAAGGUGUUGAAGUCGAUCACUUGGAGGUCACUAAAUAUGGUGUCAAAUAUAAAGAGCUUAGAGACAGAUCGUGGAUAUUGUUAGACAAAAAUAACUAUUAUCUUCAGCUAAAAGAUGAGCCGAGAUUAGCACUGACCCAAUGCAGUAUUGAGGGCCAAGAGUUAUGGGUGAAUGCACCCAAUAUGCCGACACUUAAACUUAGAUAUAUUAAACAUCUUAAUAAAGAUCAUCAAUUAGUAAUGUUUAAAAUGUAUAACCAAGAGAUGAAAGGUAUUAAUUGCGGUCCAGAAGUCAACCAAUGGUUUGAAUUAUAUUUUGGUAGACCCGGAGUACGUCUCAUACAACAUCACCCGGACUUAAACUAUCGCACCAGUAAUUCACAUAAACGGAGUACAGAGGAUCACAAAUAUCCGGUUAUUUUUCAAAACAAAUCAACAUUACAUUUGGUUAAUGAGCGCUCAAUUGACGAUUUGAAUACUUAUAUAUCAACCGGUGCUGAGUCUCUUAAACAAGAAAAUUUUAGACCAAAUAUUUUGAUUAGUUAUCCGGAGGCCUGGGCUGAGGAUCAGUGGAAAUGGAUGCAAAUUAACAGGGCUUUAUUUAAGCGAUAUUUAUUAUGCAAUCGAUGCCCCAAUAUUACCGUCAAUCAGGACACCGGAGUCAAAGAUAUGGAAAGUUUGAUUGCUUUGAAUAAGUUUAGACCUCCAACCGGUAUCAACAAGAAGAAGGGUUGUGGACCUAAUUUUGGUGUCAUUUUUGGUUACAUAAGCAGUGGUAUCAUUCAUGUAGGAAACGAUGUCGAUGUGAUGUAUGCUUCAGACAAUAAGUCGCGCCAAUAUAUACCAGUUAUCGCCAACGUUUGGUACAGACUAUACACCAGACAGCGAUAAAUAC